AUGAGAUGUCGUGGUCGUCAAGUGUUCAAAGAAGUUAAAACGAAAGUAGACAAACGCAAACUGCUGCUCGAUCAUUGGGAAGGUGAACAACAAGCUCUACGACGCUCCAUCCACUCGCGCCAAUCGGCGAUUGUCCCACGAAGGGAAAGUGCUCUUACCGGACCGAACUCGGAACUGGGAAGUAGCAAAGCGAUAAAAGCUAUGCUGAUGGAGAAAAUGAUGCAGGAAAAGGAACGCGAGAAGGAGCGAGAACGAGAGGAGGGUGUUCACAAAAAAGCAAGUGUGGAGCAAGAUCGCCAAUCUGAUCAGACACCUGAAGAGCCUGAGGAAGACGCCAAUAAACCGAUGUUGGACUACUUAAGAACUUUAGUCCUCAAUCUGGUACAUGCUCCACUCUCAGCAGCGCUGAAAAGCUGCUUGCUCUUGUCACCUGAGCAGUACAAGCAGUUGGUAGAAGUCUCGUGGCAACUGCUACUAAACGACGAUCCGCACGUUGUUCUCACCGCUGCAUCUAUGCUGGUUGCUGCUUGUGUUCGUCGACCGGAAGAUGUGGUGAAAGUGGUGAGAAAAUCGCUGGAAUCGAAGAAUGCCACCGAAAAAACUGAAGCCAUACAAAGGUUUGUCCAGUCAUCUAUGCUGGUUGCUGCUUGUGUUCGUCGACCGGAAGAUGUGGUGAAAGUGGUGAGAAAAUCGCUGGAAUCGAAGAAUGCCACCGAAAAAACUGAAGCCAUACAAAGGUUUUAUGCGUUGUGGAGGAAUAGAUUCCAUGUGUGGCUCAAAAUGGAGGAGGGCGCUCAAGCAACAUUCAAGGUACCACCUCCCGGCAUUGAUUUCACCCUUCCGUCACCUCCAAUCGGUCAGAGUCAAUUGCCGGUAGUGGAUCCGCCAUGGAUGCCGCAUCUGAAAACGAAGAUCGAAGAGCUCUCGCUGAAGGAAGAGGAGCACGCGACGUCGCAGACCAUCAUGACGAUGACUCGUACUCGACGGAAACAAAAACAAGAGAUGGUGAAACGAGCUGUGAGGGAUGCAGAAGAAAGGCAGUGUGAGCAGCGACAACUAUUCAGGCUACGGUGCUCCGCAAUCGUUCAACAAGCCGCCUAUGAACCUGCGUUAUUUCAUCAUCAGGAACAGGGAGAAGAGUCCGAAGUUGCUCAUCACCCCGCCCGUCAUCCGUUGCCAGUUGCUCAGCCGUUAUUUCCGUCUCCUCUGUUGGCCGUCAUACCCCUCAUUAUAGAGAUGCUGGACGAUCCACAGGUGGACAAAAACGGCGUUUCCGUCGGAGACGUCUCUCGAAAAGUGAUCUGGACGUGCAUUGUCGAAGAUCCUUCAUUGUUCUUUCGUCACUUUCUUGAAAAGCUCACCAAUCGAGAACGACAGACGCUUACAAAUGAGUACCGUACCACGGCCAGUUAUGAGUACCUCAUGUCACUUUUGCGCAAACUGAUCCUUCGUUUCAAUCCGCUGCCUAGUCAAGCUGCUUAUUCACUUCUCAAUUAUUUGGGCCUUCACCUCAUAUCCUACUUGCAGUUCGGGUUUGUUAUGCACUAUGUGCGAGCUCAAUGCGAAGGCUCAGAAAAGGCGCUUGGUAUGGCACUCUCGUUAACGUGGAUUCUCGCACCGAAUGUUCAUGGUCUUUAUUUCAAAGAUCUAAAACAAACGCUGAAGAAAGAGCAAUGUGAUGUGAGUUAUUGUUACUUCUUGAAGGUUUCCGUUGUUACAGCCAACGUAUUCUGA